CUCUGGGAUGUCCAAGACAAGACAAGGUUAUUGACUUUUGUGUUCACGACAAAUUGUUUGCUUGACAGCAGUUUGAUUUGAAUUCUGUUUAUAUUAGAACCAAUAUUUAUCCAAUUAUUUUACUACGAAAACAGAACAAUUUGUUAAAGAAAGUGGUUCUUUUAUAUUCCGCUAUGGAGCCGAAGCUAACAUACCUUGAACCGUCUUUAGAAAAGCAAUUAAAGGGUCAUCGAAAUGGAAUUACUGCAUUAUAUUUCAGUCCUAAUGAACAACAAAUUGCCAGUAGCUCGCUGGAUAAUAGCGUUUUGUUAUGGGAUCUGCGCGGUACAAUGAGAAGCUACAGGUUUCAAGGGCACGACGAAGCCGUUAUGGACGUUACGUUCUCGCCUUCGGGCAAGUAUAUGGCGUCUGCAUCGCGUGAUAAAACUGUGAGGCUGUGGGUGCCCACAGUUACAGGCAGCACUGGAAUGUUUAAGGCUCACUCUCAGACUGUGAGAUCAGUACAGUUUAGUCCUGAUGGGACAAAGAUUGUCACAGCCUCUGAUGACAAGAUAGUGAAGCUCUGGUCAACAGAGAAACAUAAGUUCUUGUCUUCUUAUGUUGGGCACACUAACUGGGUGCGUUGUGCUCGCAUGUCCGGUGAUGGCUCAGUGAUAGCCUCUUGUUCGGAUGACAAGUCUACCAAACUGUGGAACUUGGAUAAUGGAGAGUGUAUUCACACAUAUAAAGAUCAGAAAGGCAAUGGGUUGUGCCUGGCAUGGCAUCCGUCUGGUUGUUAUAUUGCUGUUGGCACUUCCCAUGGAAAUGUGAAGCUAUAUGAUGUUAGAACACACAGUCUUGUGCAGUAUUAUAGUAUUCAUAAUGAUGCAGUCACUCAAGUAGCAUUUCAUCCCAGUGGCAGCUAUAUUUUAACCUCAAGUAAAGAUGGAAAAAUGAAGAUACUGGAUUUACUAGAGGGUCAUCCAAUAUUCACAUUAAGUGGCCACACUGGUCCAGUCAAUGCUGUCAGCUUUUCAGGAAGUGGUGAAUCUUUUGCUUCUGCUGGAGACGAUAGACUGGUUUUCAUAUGGAAAACAAACUUCACAGAAUUGUCAGGAGACUUCAAAGAAAACAUAGCAGAUAAUGUGUCAAGUAUUCAGAAGUCUGCCUCACAAGCUUCCAAAAUAACAUAUACAACAAAAGACAGAAAUCAGGUGGCUCAAAAAAGAUAAUAGCUACAUAGUAGAUACUGUAGCACGUAGUCACUAGAUAAUUGACUCUUCAUUGAGAACUAUUUCAAACAAGUACAUGCUAGCCUUUCAAAAAAUAGAAUUCAGAGAAAACUGCAAUUAUAAUUAUGCAUUAAAACAUUCUUCUUCAUACUAAGUUAGC